UGGGCGCGAAACAUCCCGGAUUCGAGUAGGACUAUGCUUUCAUGCUGGCUGAUUUAGUGAUUAUAAACAAUGGAAGAAUCUUCUGUUUCUGACUCCACUUCACCGUCAUUUUCUUUCCCCUCUCGCCUACCACGAAAACGAGGACGUAAACGAGCAUCACCUGACUCUCGGAAGUAUGAAAGUGACGAUUCGUACAACUCCGACGUGAAACACGUUUCGAAAUGGGACACUUGUAUGUUGGAAUCUUUUGGAAUAUUUUAUGAUGGACAUGAAACACAAUUGUCCGAGUUAUACGAAUCAGCCUUGAAAGUUAUGUAUACAAUUGCUGUACGAGGUAUCAAAGAUCAUGCGGAGUUUUGGAAAAAGCUUCUCGAGGUGAAAGAAUUUCUUGUAGAAUCUACGAAAAAAUGCAUGCAAAGUUUUGAUAUUGAUGAAAAGUUUGCUAAAACGGAUGGAUAUGCAUUGACACCGGUAGCUGUUAUAGAAGUAACCAAAAAAUGUAUGCAAGUUAUUCAAGAAAUUAAAGAGGAUAUGUCGAAAAUAUCAACAUUGGAUAAUUUUUCCAGGCACAUGUUCAACAUUUGGUACACAGGGAUCUGGGAGUUCAUUGAGUAUUACCAUGACUUGAUAAAAGAAUUGAGUGCUAAGAGAAGAUAUGGGGUGGAAGGUGAAUUUCGUGACCUUGUAACAUUCUUCAGCAAGAUAUUCUUGUUAAAUCCUAUUACAGGAGAUGGUAGACCAAAAAUGCAAAUGAGGCUUAAUGGUUUCGACGUAACUAGUGUUCCAGAUCUGAUAUACAGAUUGCAGGGAACAGAGGGAUCACUUAUGACAGUUGCUAUAGGAGAGGUUGGUACAUGUAUAAUGUUCUAAGGUU